AUGGUGCUUCAGUUACACGACGACAUGAUGGGGCGAGUCUCAGACAACAGAGCUGUGCCAGAGGCAUUCGCAAUGACCAAUGGAGUGAAGCAGGGAUGCGUUCUGACACCCACCCUCUCCAGUCUUAUGUUCUCUGUCAUGCUGAUGGACGCCUACCCUGAAGAACGCCCCGGGAUCCGCAUCCCUUACAGGACGGAUGGCCGCCACCUAAAUCAACGGCAAAUGCACUCCCAAUCGCGCGUGUCCACGACCCCCGUUCAUGAACUCCUCUUCGCCGACGACCGCGCCCUCAACACCACUUCGGAAGAGGCCAUGCAAGGGAGCAUGGACCUCUUCUCCGCCGCCUGCGAGAACUUCGGUCUGGUUAUCAACACGUAG